AUGACUAACCCUCUGCCUACUGUUACCAUUAACAUACAGAGGAGUACCAAUGGAGGUGGACAAGGACCUGAUACAUAUACUUCUGGAGGAUCUAACCAAGUUAAGCUGACUAAGGAAGAGAGUCCUCAAGGUUCUGGAUUCGUGAAGCUCAAACAUACUUCAGCUAAUGAGACAUCUGGAGGACCUUUUAAUGUUAAGGAGGUUAAGUAUGGACAUACUACAAUUUUAGACAUAAAACCGGAUGAACCUAUAAAGUCUUUAUCAGUAUGGUAUUAUUUCGGAGAUAAAAGUCACAAUCAGCCUCUCCUCAUAGAAAUUAGGGACAAACAUGGUACUUAUAAGUACCAUGAAACUAAGGGAAGUGCCACUAGCUGGACUUCAUCUGGUGGAGACCCUCAAAAUAGUCCGCUCAUCGGUAAGGAUCUUGAACAGAAACUCGAAUAUCUUAAUUGUGAAUAUCACAAAUUGGUCACUUUAAAUCUCACAGAGUCUCAUUCUCAGACUCAUCAGCAUGGACAACCAUAUUGUUGUGACAAGCAUAAAGGUACUAGAACAGGAAAGGUCUCCGUUACUGGCAAUAAAGUUGCCUCUCAAAUUCCCUACGUCAAACAUCACAUUGACAAUGGGACUGAAGUUUCUGGUAUUAAGUACUACCUCAAUGCUGGUUCUGAUGAUAGAAAGAAUAUAACUUUAGAUGGAUCACAAUUUCCUAUCUCUGACGUAGAUUCAGUUUACGUUUUCUACUGCCAAAGGAAACCAGUACUCAUACAUGUCGAAAGCAAUGGAGACCCUAAGGUUAAUAAGUGGCUCAAAAGGGGGAAUAAUGAUACAUGGACGAAGGCUCCUGAACUGGAUGGUGUACCUGAUCCAGAGAACAUUAAAGACUGUAAGGAUGACAAAAAUUUUAAAGAACUUGCAAAAACUCUAAGGAAACUUAAUUGUGAGAGCUUGGAAAAAUGUACUAGAACUCUUGAUCCCGCACAUCUUGGACAGAAUGGAGUUCAACGUGAGGAAGUCCCCGCUGCUGACUUAUCUGACCAGGUUCCUGAUACAGAGUCAGAGACCAAGAUUCUUCUACAAGCUACUCCUACUUCUGAAACUCAACCUUCUCCUGCUGCUCCUGAAGCUAAAAAGGAACCUUUUGUUAGUAUUCUUACUACCGGCCCCGCAUUAGCUGGAUAUGUCUCUUCAGGUACCCUUGCAGGAAGUGCCGCAACAUUUUUUGCAGGAUGGAAACUUUAUAAUCGCUAUAAAGGCGAUCCUUGGGUUAGACAAAUUUAG